AUGUUACCGCAUUCAGCAUAUGAGCAGCGAGAGGUCAUCAACAGCCAGUUCCGCGACAACACUGUCAUCCACCAGGAAAACGUCCAAGGAAAUGUUUACUACAGCCUGUCCCACCCGCCGGCCCCUGCCGAAGUCGGCCGCGUCAUCCCCUAUCCCCGCAACGAGGAUUUGGUCCAUCGACCAGGUCUCAUCGACAGACUAGACGAGCUUUUACCGCAAUCGGCAGGAUCGCGCAGCGCUGCCCUGUGGGGCUUAGGGGGAUCGGGCAAGACACAGAUCGCGCUAGAUUACGCGUAUCGACGAUGCGAUGCCGACGACAAAUGCUGCGUCUUCUGGGUGCACGCCGACAAUGAAGCGACUUUCACAUCCGAUUAUAAGACGAUCGGGAAGAAGCUCGGGGUUGACGAGCGGCUUGACGGGUCGGACCUGCUAGAUGCGGUAUGCAGCGCAAUUGAAGCUCGAUCGAAAUGGGUGAUGGUCGUCGACAACGCUGACGACCUGAGGCUGUUCGGAGUGGGCCAACAAGCAAAUGAUGAAGCGAUGAACGAUACUCUAUACAAAUAUGUCCCUCACGGAUCGCAGGGGACGGUACUAUGGACGAGUCGAGACGCGCAUAUUGUCGGCACGCUUGUUGGAUCGCCUCGCGGUAUUGCAGUGCGUUCUAUGACGAUGGAUGAGGCGACGACGCUUCUCGCGAGGACAAGGGGUGAUUCGUCGACGGUGGAGAGGGAAGCAGGAGUAGACGCUUUGUUGGAAGAGCUGCAAUGCCUGCCGUUGGCAAUCUCACAAGCUGGCGCCUAUAUGCGGCGUAUGUCAAUGACGGCCGAGCAAUACUUAGGUUUCGUUAGGCAAGGCAAGAUCCGAUGGGAUAUGCUAAAGGUUAGCGACGCUGACCGACAUCGACGGCCGGAGGUGUCGAACAGUGUGCUCGAGACGUCGUGGAUCUCGACGAAGCGGAUCCGAGCAGAAAGCGAGAUGUCGUACCGAAUGUUGCAUGUGGUUGCAUAUGUUGACAGUCAGGAUAUACCGUACGAGCUGAUAGCGGCAGUUGCUGAUCGAUGCGACAAUGACAAGGAGGACUCAAUGAAACAGGCCACGGAGAUUGAGGUUCUAGAAGCCAUCACGCGACUGAAAGAGUUUUCUUUCCUUAGCCUGCGUCAGACAGAGCAAGGCGAGCGAAGGUAUGAGAUGCACAAGCUCGUGCAAGAGGCCUUGCGAUAUGGGCUGAGAGUACGUGGCACAAUGGAGACAAUCCUGGGCGAGGCGCUGAAUAUCAAGAACGAGUCGGAAAACAGUGAAGCAUACUAUGCUGGCACAACUCUGCAGAUUGUAGAUGUCCUUUUCCCACCAUCAGAACCGAGUUCAUGGGCACGAUGCGAGCAGUACAUGAAACAUGCUAUACGAGUGGGGGAGUGGGCGGAGGUGAGCAGGAUGGAGGUUAAGGCAGCGACUCUGCUUCAGAGAGUAUCGUAUUUUCUGUACGAUCGAGGGCGGUGGAGAGAGAGGGAACCAGUGGAUAGUCGUGCAUGGGUUCUCCGACGGAAGGUGCUUGGGGAGAAGCAUCCAGAUACGAUCAGGAGCAUGGCGGACCUCGCGGCGACGUACCAUGCGCAGGGCCGACAUGACGAGGACGAAGAGAUCGCGGUCAAAGUACUAAAACUCCGACGAGAGGUUCUUGGGGAGAAACACCCCGAUACGAUCAGGAGCAUGGCAGCUCUCGCAACGACUUACCAUGAACAGGGUCGAUAUGUCGAGGCCGAAGGCAUUGAUCAAGAAGUACUGGAUCUCCGACGAGAGUUGCUUGGGAAGAAGCAUCCGGAUACGAUUAGGAGCCUGGCGGACCUCGCGACGACGUACCAUCAGCAGGGCCGAUAUGAUGAGGCCGAGAGAUUUAAGGAUGAGGUACUGGAUCUCCGACGAGAGUUGCUUGGGGGGAAGCAUCCAGAUACGAUCAGGAGCAUGGCGGAGCUCGCGGCGACGUACCAUGCGCAGGGCCGACAUGACGAGGAUGAAGAGAUCUCGGUCAAAGUACUGGAUCUCCGACGACAGGUGCUUGGGGAGAAGCAUCCGGAUACGAUCAGGAGCCUGGCGGACCUCGCGGCGACGUACCAUCAGCAGGGCCGAUAUGAUGAGGCCGAGAGAUUUAAGGAUGAGGUACUGGAUCUCCGACGAGAGUUGCUUGGGGGGAAGCAUCCAGAUACGAUCAGGAGCAUGGCGGAGCUCGCGGCGACGUACCAUGCGCAGGGCCGACAUGACGAGGAUGAAGAGAUCUCGGCCAAAGUACUGGAACUGCGACGACAGGUGCUUGGGGAGAAGCAUCCGGAUACGAUCAGGAGCCUGGCGGACCUCGGGACGACGUACCAUGCUCAGGGCCGAUAUGAUGAAGCUCUUCAGCUUCAUCAAACCGCCUUGGACCUUCGCCGCCAUGUGCUUGGAGAAAACCAUCCGGAUACGAUGCAGAGCGUGGCAUACCUCGCCUCCAUACGCGAGGCGUUACAACAGUUACCGUCGCUUGUAUAG